AGGAGAGCAGCGGUGUUUCAUUUCAAUGUAAUGGAUCACCGGACAGUUUUGCAGGUGUUUCUCUACUCUCUGUUUGUGACUGUACGCUCAGAAGUGCAGAAAGAUUUUUCAGAAGAAUGCCGUGAAUUUAUGUAUAUGGGCACCCCCCCACGGGGUCUGGAGAACCGGUCACUUAAAAAGAUCUGUCAGCGUUACAACGGUAAGCCUCGGUAUGUCAGUCUGUACGACGUGGUGGAUCACAUCCCGGUGUAUUCUGCCUACACAUUCAAACGCUCCGACGGCAUCAAGAAGGUUGACGUUCCUUGGAUGUUCGAGCCUCAGCUCUCCACAACAUCAGACUCUGGUGAGAUGCAGCCAUUCCCUCCAAAUGUCCACGGCAGUUUUUCAGACGCCCAGGCCGUCUUGGAAGACUACUCAAACACUGUCGAUUUCGAGCGAGGUCAUUUGAACCCUGAUGAGCACCAGGCUCACCCCGAUGACAAGGCGGCCACAUACACUCUCACCAAUGUGGUCCCGCAGGUCCGCGAGUUCAACAUUGGCCACUGGAAACACCACGAGCACAUCAUCCGCCGCCGACUCAACAACUACUGCCGCGGUACGGCAUACAUAGUCACUGGGGUCACCACAUCUGGAAGGAUGAUCCGUAGACACAACAUCGACCGAGUGGCCGUCCCCACCUACCUGUGGUCGGCAUACUGCUGCAUCGACUACGAUCACAACGCCCCGUUUGAUGAACGAUCCAAAUUCCCGGCCUUCGCAUCCCAAGGCCUCAACGAGAAAGUUGGAACGGAGGUCGUAGAGAUGUCCGUGCAGCAACUGGAAGAUUUUUUGAAGAGGAACACCUUUGUGGACAAGAAGUUUCAGAUUUUCUUUGAGAAUUGUGAGUCUAACAAUGUCAUAAUGACUGGCAAGACUUAGGUGUCUUUAUCCAGUUGAUCCCUAA